GACAUUUUCUAAUACACAACUUUUUAUUUGAAUCCAAUGUUUAGAACGCCCUACUUUCGAUUUAAUUCAAUACCGAACGAGCAUUUCGAUAUAAAACAAGACGAAAUUGACUUGAAAUUCGAUUGAAAAUUGCCAGUUCGAAUGCAACGCCUAUUAAUCCGCGAAACCCGACCGAAUGAACACAAUUUUAAGAAUAAAAAUCAACGUAGAGAGCUUCCUAAUCACCACAGUAAGAUGCGCCUUCAGGAACGUAUCCACCGCCCAGCACCGGCACAGCCCUGACAAAGGCGAGAUGAAGAUGUUCAGCAAACGCUAUCUGGCCAUCACGAACGUCCUCAGCAACGCCGUGCUGAUGCUGGUGGGCGACCUGGUGCAGCAGGAGGUCGAGUACCGCCACAAGAUCCUGGAGCGGCGCUACGACGUCGCCCGGGCCGCCAGGAUGUUCGCCGUCGCGCUGAUCCUGAUGGGGCCGCUCUCCCACUACUACUACACCUGGCUGGCGACCACCUGGCCGCAGCGGACGCCGAAAGUGGUCGCCUGGAAGAUAGUCUUCGAUCAGGUGGCUGUGUCUCCGCUUAACAUCAGCGUGUUUUUUUUCGGCAUGAGCGCUUUGGAGAUGAAAACCGCCUACGAGGCUCUGGAGGAGUUUAAGGAUAAGUUCCUGGAUAUAUACAGGGCGGAUUGGUGCAUCUGGCCGCCGGCCAAUCUCAUCAAUUUCUACAUUAUUCCUAACAAAUUCCAAGUGAUUUACGUGAAUUUAGUGACGUUUUUUUACAGUAUUGUCCUUUCUUAUAUUAAGCAUAGAGAUGAUAAGAAAGCGCCGUAGUCGGAUACCCUACUUGAAUAAACGAACGAGAAGCCGG